UAUUCUGAGCGGCAUUUUUUUCAAGGAUUCACAAGUACAGUAAAGUGGGUUUCUCUAUCUUUCAUCUCUCUGGUCUAGUGUUCUAGGUCUGGGUGAAGAAGAGAGAAGAAGUGAUUUCUGAAGAGCAAUGUUGUUAACUACUGGGAGAAAGGAGAAACUCUUCGCUUGUAAAGGCUCCGAAAUUGAAGUCACUUUCGACCAUGGUACUGGGUAUGUAUGGUAUCGAGCUCUUCUCGAAGAAAACCUUUCUAAAUCGAAGCGGAAGAAGCUCUCUGUUCGCCAUUUGAAGCCUCUGGUCAAAGAAGACUACUCGCCUCCGUUAGUCACAACCUCUUUCCAUCGUCUAAUUCGUCCAGCUCCGCCUCAGGAUCCGUUUCCCGACCUCGAUUUUGAGGAAGGUGACAUGAUUGACGCUGCUCAUCAAGGUGCCUGGUGGUCUGGUUGGGUCGUUAAAGUUUUGGGAUUUCGGCGUUUCUUAGUGUACCUCAGAUUCGAACCUGAUGUCAUCGAGCUUGAACGAAAUCAUUUGCGCCCACAUUUGGUUUGGAAAGAUGAAGAAUGGUUUCGCUGCGAGAAACGACAAUUGACGGAGUCGGAUUUUAGCGCCGGGAAAACAUUAGAAGUUAGAAAUGAGGUUGAACCUUUUGGGGAUGUUUGGGCUCCGGCUAUAGCCAUUAAGGAGAAUGAGGAUGGGACAUUGCUGGUCAAGUACAAGACUUUGAGCGGUGAAUGCAACAAGACAAGCGUUCCUUAUUCCAAAAUCCGGCCUUCACCACCGCCUUCUUGUUUAGACGCUUUUAGGUUGAUGCAAAACGUGGAUGCGCUUCUCGAGUGUGGAUGGUGUCAAGGUGUAGUAAUGAAAGUUCUUUCCGGGAAGAGAUACUCUGUGCUUUUGGGCCAAAACAAGCAAAGUAAAGACUUUGGCCACUUGCAGCUAAGACCAUCUAUGGAGUGGAAAGAUGGAGCUUGGCAAACAGAAGAACAGGUUUUGGGUAGAGAGGAGAGUCCGCAUGCAGCUGAAGAAACAACUGCUUCAACGCGCAUAAGGAUAACUGUUCGAAGUGCCUUGAGAGACAUCAAAGCUUCUGCUGCUGGGAAAAAAUUGAGGGUGACACGCUCUUCUAGUGGCACCAUACAGAAUCCUCUUAUUGGAGAAGCUGGUAAAGAAUCUGUAUUUGACAAUGAAACACAGCUCUCCCAAACUGCAGUUCAGUCAUCUGGAGAUUUAGCAAGUAAAAAGGCUAAUGCUGUGAUCACUGCAGUCGCAAGCCAACCGAAGAUAGCAGCAACAAAAGAGUUUUACUCAUCGUUAGUCCUGGGUGUGGCCGCACCACGUCUGACAAAACCACCGGUCAAAACACAAGGAAAAACAUCUCCGAGGAAGAAACUUGUGGCAAUGAAAACUCAAAAGGGCUCUGCAAAUGAUGCUGCCGGAGAGAAGGGACCUGAGGAGUCGAAAAACAGAGAGAACGUUAAUAAGAGGAAAAGAGGACGACAACCACGUAAGUUCAUAAGCACAGAGCCUAAGCAAAAGCAAAAGACUGGUGAGGCUGGUAAUGUUGGACUCGCCGAUAUGUCUGAUGAGAAUCAGCCUCUCGCUUCAUGGAUCCAAGGUGAAAUUCAUCAUCGGUUUCGUGCUGAACAAUUGAUACUCAUUUUAGCUUUCGGUUCUCAUUGCUUUGUGUUUUGCUUUUUAAUCUCUUCCUCAGGGCAAUCCGCUUCUCGCACUCCUGAUCCAAUGCUUAAUUCUGUUGUGGAAAAGCACGUCGAUGUUGUGGAAGCUCCUGCAGCGAAAGACUCGACAAUGGUUCUGCCAUUUGCAAAGAAGUCACCUUGUUGGAAAGUCCUUGAAUCAAUGGAGAUCUUCAAAGCUGUGCCACAACGUCCACAUUUCAUUCCACUGCUAGAGUGCGAAGAAGAGUCGCGCGAAGGAGACGCCAUAGGUGCAAUGGUGAAGUUCACUGGGCUGUUAGAGAAAGUGAACAACAUACAAGUCGACGAUCCAAUAAGCGCGUUGAACAGGAUCAACGAGUGUUUUCGCAAGCUAGAGGAACACGGGUUCGAUGCAACAGCACCAAGAUCUCGGAUCGGCAAGCUAUUGUGCAUUAAAGAAAGCCAGACAUGGGCAUUGGAAGAGUUACAAGUUGUUGAGAGAGGGAUCACAGAGAAAGACAAUAAAAGACGGAAGUGUGAAGAAGACAUUGAAGAAGUCUCAAGGAAGAUUGUUGAAUUGAAGAGACAAGAAGCAUUGCUGAAGGAAGAGAAAGUGACAAUGGACAAGGAGAUAGCUCGGAUGCACUCUCACGCAGCGGUUCUCGACCAAAAGGUUCAGAAUGUGGAGCAGGAGUUUCGGGCAACUGUGACUGCCCCAUGGUAAUAAGCAAGCCAUACUUCUAAAUGGGUUUGUGUUAUAAAACUAUUUGAGUAGUCUGUAUGUUGGUCGUAGAAGAAACUUUUAGCUGUAGUUAGUCAAAAGUCUCUGUGUCUUGUGUCUUUAAAAAAAAAUCAAGAAACUCGUAAUUAGUCUCAAGAG